UCGCCAUUUUUUUACCGACCCUACAUUUGUCAGUUACCGAAAUUUUAUUUACCGAUAGAACCUAUUGUUUAUUGUCAUUUUCAAAUAUUUUGAAAAUAAAAUAUAAAUAUUUGAAAAUCCUGUCGAAUUCACUGUCUUAAGCGCUUAUUUUUUCCAAUUAUAUUAAUACUGAAAUUCUAAUUAUGGAAACACCUAUACAGGAUGAUUACAAAGCAAUUACUUUCUUGAAUAAUACUGGUGAUGUUGAAGAUGGUUCUUCGGCUAUAUUCAUGGAUGGUCAAUAUUUCAUACCAGCCAAUACUAAAACAAUUUUACUCCCUGAUGAUGAAACGCAGUAUCUCAUUCACAAUACAGGAGAUAUAUUGUUCAACUGCACUGACGACAAUGCCAUUUUCAACAGUAAUGAAGUAUUCCAUCUGGUGAAUAAUAUAGAAAACGAAGAGGUUCAGGAUCAGAAUCAAAUUGUUUAUUUUACUAAUGAUGUUGAUGUAUCACCUAAGGGUGAAAUUAGUUUAAUGGAUGUUAUCGAGCCUUCCAUGAUUAAAAAUAAAACCGAGACUGAAUUUUUAAACUUGGGAUCUAUUUUGGAUGUCAGAAAUGAGAAUGAAUUCAUGGAAAAUGACGAAACGAAUGGAUUACAGUACAUUGUCCAGUUACAGAACUUCAAUUCGUUUCAAAAUGCCGGAGAUGUAAAAAUGGAGAAUAUUUCAGAACAGUCUUAUAAUACAUUCGAAGGUGAUGUUGAAUCUUCAUUACCAGUUGAUAUUUCUAAGAUAACAGGUAAAAAUUUAUUGACCGGGCAAACAGUGACGUUAGAUAGCUAUUUGGAAAAAGUAAGGAACUCUAGCAAAGAAUUAAUUUUGAAUCAAACAGAGGGUAAUUCGAGGAGGAAAAACGAACAAACUGCCCUCUCGAACUUACUCAAUAAAAAAUUGACCAUCGGCAAGACGCUCAAAGGCCAACGUUUGAUUGGGAAAGUAAUACAUGUGGGCAAGAAAGAUGCGCAAGAAGAACAGGCUGUGAUAGAUAUGCAAUCGGAAACCGUUGAGGAGCUUCAUCUUCCAGAUGAAAUCGGUGUUGAUUUAUCUGCGUCUUACUAUGAUGCCGUUGAAAAUCAUGUUCCUAAUUCUGUGAUAAUAGAGGAUAAUCAAAACGACGAAGAAAAUAUACUGUUGGAGAACAUGAACGAGAUGUUGAUACUGGACAGACCGGAAGUUGCCAUUGAAUUCGAUGACCGUCCCAAUGAAGAUCAAACGACGGAUGAUAAAAAAAUCGAUGAGCACAUGGUGGAGUAUGUAACAAAAACAAUGUCGAAUCUGAUGAACAUGGAGGUGGUCUUGAAGAAGUUAAAGAGGAAAAACUUGUUGAUCAAGGUAUUGGAGAGGGUUAUCGAGGACGAUCAAGUGAAGGUCAAUACGUCUCAGGUGAGGGGGCACCUCGAGAUGUUGGGGGGAUGGCAGAAGCACGAGUACGAAGAGAAGUGGGUGUUCAAGAUGGACACCGAGAAAGGGGAUGAUGGGAAUGACGAAUGGCUCGAGCUUUGGUCAAGAAAAUUUCCUGAAACCAUGAAACUCGCCAUAUCCAUCAUCAAGGUGGACGAUCGGAUCAAAUCGACCAAGGUCAAUCUGAAUUAUAAUCUGGAGAAGUGCAACGUGUGUUCCAAGGGGUUCAAGUCCACGUACAAGCUGAGAACGCACAUGAAGUUGUCGCACAAUGUCGAUUAUCAGUAUAGGUGUCAGAUUUGUGAUCAAUCCUUGGAAAAUAAGGAAGUUUAUUAUCAACAUCGAAAGUACCAUGUGGACAUGAAAGAACUGUUUCCUUGUACGGAGUGCGGAAGGCACUUUUUAAACGUUCAAAAAUUAUUGAAGCACCUGAGCACCCACAGUAACGACGGUUUGAGGGUGAAUUGGACGGUUUGUGGGGAAUCCACUGAAAAUGUAUCGACAUGGAAGGAGGAUGGGUGUAAAAAUGAAUCGAGCAACAAAUCUAACAAGCUAUUUCAGGGUAGGAACCGUUCAGUGGAGGGAAAUAUCGACGUUAAGAACUGUUACGUCUGCAAGGUUUGCAACAGGACGUUCUCCAGGUACUCGAACUUGCAAAGACAUUCUGAAAUUCACGGUACAAAGAACUCCAUGGCAAUUUACAGUUGCAGUAUGUGUGGUUGCACCUACAAUUACAUCUCAUCGUUAACCCGUCACAUUGUUCAAAAUCAUAUAUCGGCUACGUAAUCUAAUUUAUUGUCAGGGAAUCUGUUGGAAAAUAAAGUGAUUUUAAAAA